CGAGCAGUAGAACCCAGGUCCUUAGUAUCUGCUUGUCCCAGGGCGCAGGGCCAGUCGACCACCACCAAACCUCCAAGUACAAGAACCUCGUUGCUCGCCCAGUUGGUCCAUCUCGUCUCCUGACAGAGUCACCCUUCGGCAUAGACUGUAGCACAGCACACCACCACUGCAUUUUUCCCUCUGCUUUUGAUCCAUCACCUGCCCAGGACCUGGCUACGCGGGGAAGGAGGUCUUUUUCUCACUUUCCUCUUUGGUUGCAUCCUACUACCCAGUGCUGCAACUGUGGUGGCCAGACUCUGCGUGUGGGGGGAAGCACAUCUCCAUUGAUUUUUCGGGUGGUGACUCAGGACCAUUAUAAUUUUUUUAUUUUUUUUUCCCUUUUCGCCUCCCGCCAUCACCUUGAGGCCUUUUCCUUCAGCCUCCUCUUUGGACACCGACACCAUUGCUAUUGCUCUCCAUUGGGAACAGCUUCUAGCUUCUACAGACCAGCUGCCUGUCCGACCGACCCUAGCCCGCCUGCUGUCCUCCUGCUUUCUCCUUCACCCCACCCUCUUGAACCCGAUUAUAUCCCUCGCCUCGACCACCUCUCCCGCCCCGCUCUUCCUUCUCUAACCAACAACCCCCCAACUGCUCCUGCUCGCGCACUCCCUACAUCAUGGUUAUGAACGACAACUCCAACAUGUCCUCCACCACCAUCGUCCCCCAGACCUCCGCCGCCACCAAUGGCGACCUCCCCUCCUUCACAGUAAAAGCCGGCCUGGCCCAGAUGCUCAAGGGCGGCGUGAUUAUGGAUGUGGUCAAUGCAGAACAAGCCCGUAUCGCUGAGGAAGCCGGCGCCUGUGCCGUUAUGGCUCUCGAGCGCGUGCCUGCCGACAUUCGCGCCCAGGGCGGUGUCGCCCGAAUGUCAGACCCCGCUUUGAUCAAAGAGAUCCAGGCCGCCGUUACCAUACCCGUGAUGGCAAAGGCUAGGAUAGGCCACUUCGUCGAGUGCCAGAUCCUCGAGGCCCUGGGAGUCGACUACAUUGACGAGAGUGAGGUUUUGACGCCUGCGGAUAACACCUUCCACGUCGAGAAGGCCGGCUUCAGAGUACCCUUUGUGUGCGGUUGCCGGAAUCUGGGUGAGGCACUGCGACGGAUCGCCGAGGGCGCCGCCAUGAUUCGGACGAAAGGCGAAGCCGGCACCGGCGAUGUUGUCGAGGCAGUCAAGCACAUGCGCACGGUCAAGAGUGACAUCGCCAAAGCCCAGGCCGCCUUGAAAGAGGGAGAGGGUUCCUUGAGAGCGCUGGCCAAGGAAUUGGGCUGUGACGCCGCCCUGCUCAAGCAGACCGCCGAGCUCGGCCGCCUGCCCGUGGUCAACUUCGCCGCCGGCGGUAUCGCGACCCCGGCCGACGCCGCCCUCAUGAUGCAACUGGGCUGCGACGGUGUCUUUGUUGGCUCGGGCAUCUUCAAGAGCGGAAACGCCGCCAAGCGAGCAAAGGCCAUCGUGCAAGCCACGACGCACUACCGAGACGCACACGUCCUGGCACAGUGCUCCGAGGGCCUGGGCGAGGCUAUGGUUGGCAUCAACGUGAGUGGUAUGAAAGAUGGCGACAAGCUGGCCGUCCGGGGAUGGUAGACGAUCGAAGACCGGCAUGUGCAUGGUGUUGGGAUAGAAAAGAAUGGAGCUCCCCCCUUCCUUCCUUACUUUCAUAACGAGUGAGAAGAGGCCACGGAACAAAAUCCAAGCCGAGGAGAGACGUAUUGCAAGAUGGAGAGACAUCACGAGCACGAGCACGAUCCUGGCCAUGGAUUGGUACGAGGACGAUAAGUCGCGAGCGAGUAACGAGGACGAGGAUGAAGACCGAACAUUACGACCAAGGAUGUGGACGAGCAUGAGAGACACGGGAACAGUGCAUUCACCGGCGGUUGGCGUCUUACGUAUCUACUCCAUACCUAGGUCAGGCCGAUUUUCUAAUCUAUUCGAAUGGAAGUUGCAUUUGGAUUGGACCUCGAGGGGCCAGGCGUAUACAGUCACGCAGAACAAAAAUAGAUUCCAAUCAAUCACUCGAUCACUCGAUCACUCGGUCAGUUAAACAAUGUAACGAAACAAGCCAGUUGGCAAUCCAAUCCUGGUUCGAAGAAAAAGCAUGCAUGUUCACACCAAC